UGGCUUAGAGUCAUUUUUUGUAAAUGAAAAUUUGCGACAGAAAUAUUCAUCAAAGAGUCUACAAAAAUCCCAUUAUACAGCUUCUCAAUCACAGCAAUCAAAUGUGCAUAAACGUCUUCUUCGAACUUCAACAAACGAGAAUUUUGUACAAGAAAAAUCAACCCAGGAACAGCAAUCACAAUUGAAUCAUCUUCUUAUCCACAAACACACACAACUUGUGAAAAACUCCGCUUUGCACAAUAAUAAAAAUAUUCAAUCAGAUCAACAAUCAAAUACAGGAACACAAAAACUUGAGUCAGACAAACAUUCACAACAGAAGUCUUCAAAUGAGCUUAAGAUUGCAAAGGAUUCAAAAUUACAAACACAGAAAUAUGUUGAUUGUGAAAACAAUAUUGAUCCUCCGAAAAAUGUAUUAUCAGUUAAUUUACCAGAAGCAACAACUGCCACACUGUCAUCGUCGUUGCCACCAUCAUCCCUGCCAGUUGUUCUCAAGCCUUCGUCAACAAUACGCUCGUCAUGUUCUGACAACAAAUUAGCUGUUAGCGAUAGAAAUGUGAACAACCUAUUGAUGAAGAAAAUUACUAAUGGGCAUGCAAAUGAAGUUGGGAAACCACUUGAUGCUGAUGGAGAUACAGUGCUUACAAAUGAAAAUAUUGCAGGGCUCUUUAGCGGAGGAAUGCUCAAUUAUUUCAGGAUUCCCGAUGACUUGAAACAUUUGGAUAACUUAUCAAUAACUGAUGAAACGAUAGAUGAUAUUUCUAUGACAACACUGACCGAUGGAGAUGUUGAAUAUUCAUUAAGAGAAGUCUUUCCUUCUGAGGACUUGUGUAAGAAAUUAAGGAAACAAGCUUCAAGUGGUGCACUGACGAACAACGCAUCAAAAGCUAAUGAUAUUAAUGCAAAAAGUUCUAGGAAACAUUCCAAGUUAUUUUUUGGAGCAGAUGAUUCCUUAAAUGAUUUCAACAUUAGCAUGGCGAAGUCCUAUAUAUUUCAAGAGGAAGUUAGACAGGAAUUGAAGACUUCUAUGAAGAAAGUGAAAGAAGAAGCACUUGCACUUGGUGGGAAUGUGAAAUCAAAGUCAUCUUCUGUGUUAUAUCAUGGACAUCAUCCAUUAAGGACUCACCAGCAACCCAAUUUACAACAACCACCCAACUUACAACUGCAACAGCCACCCUUAUCAUCAUCAAGACAAGAACAACCGCCAACAUCAACAACACAAGUUUUUAAAAAAACGUUUUCAUCUAUAAAGAAGGGAGCUGAUGAUGUGUACCCAUCAUAUGUGAGUCAACUUACAUAA